CGCACAGCUUCACGGCGAUGGGACCAGCAGCAGACGUGGGCAUUGCUGCGUGCUCGUCGCUGUGAGCCGCUGCCUAUCGCAUCGUCGCCCGGGCUGUCGAGGUAUCACGGGCUUACUCAGGACUGAGCUGCCCAGGUGCAUAGGUCCGCCCUCGCCAACCCCAGCCUUCAGCAUCCUCCUCGCAUCCAGCACGCUCGCCGCUCGCCGCUCGCCGCACGCCGCACGCCGCAGCAGCAGCACUGCCAGCAGCAACAUCGCCCGCACCCGCCCCGGCUGUGACUGUUUGUGCCCGCCCGCACUGGCAGCCCCGGAGUCCCAUGCGCAAGCGCGCCGCCCACGCACUGCCAUCGCCCGGGCUCCGCCAGACGAGCAGCCAUGGAGGGCUUCGACACUAUAACCAUGAGCUAUCUAGCUGCCCCAAUGCCACUCCAGAAUGUAACGGGGCCCGACCAGCUGCAGGCGCCCAUGCUGCCCAUGGACGCCUUUGACCAGCGCUCUAAUUACGACGCCGAGACCUUCGCCGGCGAGGACCAGUUCGCACAGCACCACAUCCACGCGCCCCCACGCCUGCAGCGCUUCCCCAGCGCCUACGACGACCCCUUCACCGAUGUCCUCAGCACCUACGAGCAGCCGCUGCAGCCCGACGCCAAUGGCCUGCCCGAGAGCCCCAGCAUCGACCGCGACAACAAGCUGCUCAGCUUCUCCCUGCCCAGCGUGCCGUACACCCUGCUCAACUAUGUCGCCCAGCGCGUCUCCAUCUCCAUGUCCGCCCAGCUGCACGGCAUGUUCUUCCUCGCCGAGUCGCCCUGGGCCUCGGCCGGCGACGUCGCGGCCGCCCCGACGGAGCUGACCUGCUACCGCCGCAACCUCUUCCAGAUCACAGGCACCGUCACGCUACCCAGAAGUCUCCAGUUCCUCCUGACCGACCAAGGCGACCAAUUGCCCAUCAUCGGCCAGGAACUCACCAUAUCUGCGACCGAGUCACUCGAGGGAAACCCCGUCAAGAUCAUAUCGGUGCCCUGGAAAACGCCCGCCACCACUGCGACCGUGGCCGAGGACAAGACGGAGAAGGAGCCGCCGUCCUUUCCUCUCGAUCUCAACAGCGGCCAAGACAUGGACUCGGACUACGUAAAUUUCCCCAUCAGCUGGAAGAGGCUGCAGUUUAGAAUUGCCACUGCCAACAACGGCCGCCGGAAGGAGCUGCAGCAGCAUUUCGUCGUGCGGCUCAAGGUCGUGGCCAUCCUCUCCAACGGCGCCAAGGUGCCCGUCUGCGAAGUGCAUUCAGGAGCUAUUAUUGUGCGCGGACGCAGCCCGAGGAACUUCCAGUCCCGCAAAGAUAUGCCAAUCAGUGGAACAGGCGGCUCCAUGCGCAAGGCUCACGCUUCACAACAACCAAACAGAACACCAACAGGUGAUACCCAGCAAUCCAAUCACAGCAAUAACAACAACGUCCAGACCACGCCUGGCACGACCAAGGCGAUGGACUCGCUCCAGCUCCCGUUCGACUUUAACCCGAAUGACCCCAUUCUGUCGCCCGAGUUCAGCAUGGACUGGAAAGUGCCUGCCGCCCCGAUGACGGCUAUCCCGCCGGAUCCAACGCCCCCUCCGAUUACGCCUUAUGCGCGGUCAACUCCAGAUCUUUCUCGGGGCGGUACACAGGCCCAACACGCUGUCAUGGCACCAGUGUCCCUAUCCUUGACCGAUGACGAGCCGAAGAAAUCAGCCUCCCCGGCCGAGCACCCAAGGAAGCGAGGCACUCCCGCGCGACCGCCCUCCUUCUCUGUUGGGCUCAUCAACAGCCCUGACGAAAGUGCAGAUUUGCUGUACGAGUACUUUCCCCUCGGCCUGGACGACUGGAUGCCGCCUGUGGAUGCUGUCUACCGGCCGCAUGUAGUGCAUCACACCAAUCUCCCGCCCGAUCCAAAGGCGCUUGCGGUGAAGAGCAAGUCCAAACGCUACUUUUCCGAUGCCUGGUGACGCGAUUUCAUAGCUCGAUACCCUGUGCUUCG